UGUCAGUAAGAGGAAAUGAGACAGAAAGCUGCUCACUCAUCUCACAUACAGCUCAGUGAACGCUGUGUGUUCAGCCUCUAUGCCCAUAUCAGGAACCUGCGCACCUGUGAGCUGACGUCACACGCUGAAAGUACCUGCAGCAACUCGCCCAGCUGCACUCAGUCAGUAACUUCCUUCAGGAGAGGAGACAAAGAAGACACGACGCAAACUCGUCAAGGAAUAUAUUUAUUAUUCAUUACAUUGCGAGGAAUACUGAAAGUGGAGUACAGGCAGAUGGGGACCGCUCAGUUCGCGGUUUUGGGAAUUUUAAUCGCCGUUUUUCAGGCCUCUGUCUUAGUGCCUGCCGAAGAGCCAACAUGUGUACCUGGAUUCAAGUCAAGCAGGUUCAUUUUCAAAGUGUCCACAAAGUUCCUGAAGCCACACACAAGACUGGGAAAAGUGGCCUUCACUGACUGCACAGACCGCACCAUAUUUGUCUUCAAAAGUGAUGACAGACAUUUCACGGUACAGGGAGACGGCAUACUGAAGGUGAAAGAACUUGUACAUAUUCGUGGGAACCAGGAUUUCUUCGUCCACACCUGGACCUCUCAAGGACACAAAAUUAGUGUUCCUGUCAGAGUAUUGCAUCAUAGCAAUCACCAUGGAGACCACAUACACCACAACCACCAGCACCAUCACCACCACCAUACUAAAGUGGACCCUGCUAAUAAGACUCAGAGUGUCGCCGAUCAGCCGGUGCCCAUUCUGCAUUUCCGCAAAGCUAGUGCAGGGCUGAGGAGGAGGAAGAGAGACUGGGUCAUUCCUGUCAUCAGUGUUUCUGAGAACGUCAGAGGACCCUUCCCACUGAAAGUCUCUCAGAUCCGAUCCAAUGAGGACAAGGUAAAGAAGAUCUUCUACAGCAUCACUGGUCCAGGAGCUGAUCAGGAACCUGUUGGCCUGUUCACCAUGGACAGAGACUCUGGCACUCUGUACCUCACACAACCACUGGAUAGAGAGCAGAUAGAUGUAUACAAGUUCCUAGCACACGCGGUGGCAGAUGAUGCAGGAAAGGGCGAGGAACCAAUGGAAAUUAAUGUGAAAGUGAUUGACCAGAACGACAACAAACCUAUUUUCUCCCAAGACACCUACCUGGGGGAAGUGGCUGAGGCCUCAGCAAAAGGUUUUGAGGUGAUCAAGGUUGUUGCCACCGAUGCUGAUGAGCCACUUACUGACAACUCGGAUAUCCUCUACAGAAUUAUAGACCAGGAGCCAAAAUUGCCCGCAGACGACCUGUUUGAAAUCAACCAAAAUAACGGAGUCAUCAGAGUCAAUGCCGGUGGGCUAGACAGAGAGAAAUACCCAAAGUACACUCUGGUUGUACAAGCCGCUGACAUGAAGGGAGGAGGCUUGGAAGGAGAAACCAAAGUAAUCCUUACUGUGACAGACAGCAACGACAACGCUCCGGUCUUCACUCAGCCAUUGUAUGAGGCAUCAGUAGCUGAAAAUAAAGCGGACACUCUGGUCGUCACCAUGUCAGUAACCGACAAAGAUGAGCCACAUUCCCCAGCCUGGAACGCCAAGUUCACCAUCGUGGAUGGUGAUCCCGGAGGACUUUUCACAGUGAAAACAGGAACCAACAAGCUCGAAGGAAUCAUCUCUACUGUCAAGGGUCUCGACUUUGAGAAGAGCGGCACGCACACUCUGAUGGUUGCCGUGGAGAAUGAGGUUCCUUUUGCUACUUCUCUGCCCACUGCCACGGCCACAGUGGUGGUGACUGUGGAGGAUGUCAAUGAAGCUCCAAUCUUUGAUCCAAUGGAGAAGCAUGUGACUAAACGGGAAGACCUUGAGGUUGACGCUGAUGUGGUGCAGUACACCGCCUCUGACCCAGACUAUGCCCGAAAACAGAAAGUCAUGUAUAGAAUAAUUAGAGACCCCGCUGGCUGGCUGAGCGUGGCCAAAGACACAGGCCUGAUCAAAGUAAAGAACAUCAUGGACAGAGAGUCCCUCUUCGUCAAGGACAACAAAUACACCGUUCUCAUUGGUGCAUAUGACAAUGAUGAAGUCCCAGCCACAGGAACUGGCACUCUCAUUAUUCAGCUCGAAGAUGUUAAUGACAAUGCGCCCACCAUUACCGAACGUCUAAUCAGGCUGUGUAACAAGGAACCGGCCUCCCACCUGCUGGCGGUGACGGAUAAAGACGGACCAGGCUUCACUGCUCCGUACAGCGUCUCUCUACAGGGCCUGUCAAAGAGCAACUGGACCGCUAGGAUGAAUGCAUCAAAAACGGGCAUACUCCUGCAUUUGGCCACAGAGCUGCCCAGUGGAGACUACACUGUGGUCCUGAGGGUGGCAGACAACCAGGGCUUGGAGCAGGACAGCACGGUGCAGGCCAAAGUGUGUGAUUGCACCGGAGAGGAAGUGGUCUGCAAAGGCCGUGUGGCAGGGGGCCCUGACUUGCCUGUCAUUCUGGGAAUACUGGGAGGCAUCCUGCUGCUGCUCAUGCUGGUGUUGCUGCUGCUUCUGUUUGCGAGACGGAGAGGAGGCGAGCAGAAGGAACCUUUACUGCAGGACGACGACAUCCGAGACAACAUCUAUUACUACGAUGAAGAGGGAGGCGGAGAGGACGAUCAGGACUAUGAUCUGGGUGUUCUCCACCGCGGUCUGGACAACCGGCCCGACGUCAUCAGAGACGACGUGCUGCCAAACUUCAUGCCGGCUCCUCUGUACCGGCCCCGCCCCGCCAACCCAGAUGAAAUCGGAAACUUCAUUGUGGAUAACCUGAAGGCCGCCGACAACGACCCCACUGCCCCCCCCUACGACUCCCUGCUGGUGUUUGACUAUGAGGGAGGCGGAUCGGACGCGGGAAGCCUCUCCUCCUUGAACUCGUCGAGCAGCGGGGAUCAGGACUACGACUGCCUCAGUGACUGGGGGCCCCGCUUCAAGAAGCUGGCCGACAUGUACGGAGGAGGAGAAGAUGAUGAUAUGCUGUAAACCAACUUUGGAACUAAUGAUAAGGAUAGGUGGAUGCACAUAUGGCUCUGUGAAUGUAAAAUUGAUGUAACCAUGAACUGAUAAAUGACUGCAUCCCAGGGAAAGAGCAGCCCACAGAUGUUCCUCUGUGGGGAGACGGAGCAGUCCUGUCCAGCCGCUGCUCAGGAGCCAAAGGAUGACUUUCUUUUUCUAAACAUGAGUUCCCCAUUUAGAACCGUUGGGCUCGCUCCGCCUGUCUGUGGGAUCCCUGUUUAGUUCUAGACUUUAGACCAACUGCUUUUUGUUUAUUUCUGUUCUUUGAAUCCUGGAGCCACAUCAUCAGUCUCUAUGUUCCUUUCUGAAUUGUGUGCAGAUGUUUCUGCCUGUGUUGUCGCUGCCUGAUGACACUGGACACGUACACAGAUGCUUGCAUUUGCGCUGGUAAUGUUUCUAUAAUUGUGGCAUGUAUGGUACUUAAUAUUUUUCCCGUUUUUUUAUUUAAUUUUUAUGGAGUUGGUACUGAUUCAGUGAAAUUGCAUUGUUUUGUAUUUCUGUUUGAGGAAUGAAAUCACAAAUGAUCAAGGGGAAACCCAGGUAGCAGCCUGCACCACAUAACCCUGUAGGGGUGUGCUCAAUGAGUUCUAAAUAAAUGCUUUUUAAAAUGUUUGAAAAGUGUCUGUUCAGUUGACAUCUUUAUUACAUUGAAAUGUCAAAACACUUUGCUGUAACCUCCAAUGUUACUUUAUUGCAAACGCUUUGUUAUUUGAAUUUUUUUAUAAAGUUAUCUUAAUACAAUG